UUUGCGAAAGUGCAUUUUGUUUUUGUUUGUGACUUCCAAAACAAACUUUGUCGUUUUUUUAGCCCAGAUUGCUUAUAAUUUCGUCAUCAUCAUUACAGUCUAACGUGCCAUAACUUACAGUCAAUUGAUACAUCAUGCCUCCACGAGAUUACGAAGCUGAGAGGGAAAAGAUCAAGAGUUUCUUGGCUGAGUUUUACCUGGAUGCUGAUGAUGGCGGGAAAGAGUUUGUCUAUGGGCGUCAGUUAAUGAAUAUCGCUCAUCGGGAACAAGUUGGCUUCACCAUCGAUCUUGAUGACAUAACCGACCAUGAUCCAGACAUGGCCGACGCCAUCCUUGAGAACACCAAGCGUUAUGAGAAGAUCUUUGGGGAUGUGAUUCAGGAGAUGUUGCCUGAAUACAAGGAAAGAGAGCCAACACACAAAGAUGCCCUCGAUGUUUACAUUGAGCACAGACUACUCAUGGAGCAGAGGCACCACCCCCAGCAGGAGGCAACCAGGGACCCAAGGAAUAAAUACCCGGCUGAACUUAUGAGGAGAUUCGAAAUCUAUUUCAAAGCGCCCACCCUAAAGAAACAUGUUGCCAUCCGGGAAGUUAAGGGAGACAAUAUUGGAAAGCUUGUGUGCGUGAAGGGCAUUGUGACCAGAGCCACAGAGGUCAAACCCAUGAUGAUUGUAGCCACUUAUACCUGUGAUCAAUGUGGUGCGGAGACAUACCAACCAAUCUCAUCUCCUGUGUUCAUGCCACUGAUGAUGUGCCCUGGGCAAGAAUGUACCACAAACAGAUCAGGAGGAAGACUGUAUCUACAGACACGAGGGUCAAAGUUUGUCAAAUUCCAGGAGUUAAAGAUUCAAGAACAUAGUGACCAGGUGCCGGUAGGAAACAUUCCUCGGAGUAUGACCAUCUUCGCUAGGGGUGAGAACACGCGCCUCGUACAGCCUGGAGACCAUGUCAGCGUAACCGGUGUGUUCCUGCCCAUGUUGAAGACAGGUUUCAGACAGAUUGCGCAAGGUUUAUUGUCUGAGACUGUUUUAGAGGCACAUAGAGUUGCAAAGAUGAACAAAUCAGAAGACGACGAACUUGAUGCGUCAGAUCUCACAGAGGAAGAACUCCGCCAAGUUGCAGAAGACGAUUUCUAUGAGAAGUUGGCGUGUAGUAUUGCGCCCGAGAUCUAUGGGAUGGAGGACGUAAAGAAGGCCCUGUUAAUGUUGCUUGUGGGUGGUGUGGAUAGGAACCCAAAUGGAAUGAAAAUCAGAGGUAACAUCAACAUCUGUCUUAUGGGUGACCCUGGAGUGGCCAAAUCUCAGCUCCUUUCCUACAUCGACCGCCUUGCCCCCAGAAGCCAGUACACCACUGGCCGUGGUUCCUCAGGCGUAGGUCUCACUGCUGCGGUGAUGAAGGACCCGUUGACCGGUGAGAUGAUGCUGGAAGGUGGCGCCCUCGUCCUGGCCGAUGGCGGUGUGUGUUGUAUUGACGAGUUUGAUAAAAUGAUGGAUGGGGACAGGACAGCUAUUCAUGAAGUAAUGGAACAACAGACAAUAUCUAUAGCAAAGGCUGGAAUAAUGACAAGUUUGAAUGCCCGCGUUUCAAUCCUUGCAGCAGCUAACCCUGCGUACGGUCGCUACAAUCCCAAGAAAACAGUAGAACAGAACAUCCAACUGCCAGCCGCUCUGUUGUCUCGAUUUGAUCUGCUUUGGUUGAUUCAAGACAAGCCUGAUCGAGAAAAUGAUCUCAGGUUAGCCCAACACAUCGCCUACGUUCACCAACAUAACGUCCAGCCACCUCAGCAAUUCGUCCCCCUCGACAUGAAGUUGAUGAGACGGUACAUCGCAUUGUGUAAGAGCAAAAUGCCGAUCAUCCCAGAGAAUCUGACGGAUUACAUCACGGGUGCUUACGUCGAGAUGAGGAAGGAGGCGAGGAAUAACAAAGACAUGACCUUCACCUCUGCAAGGACGCUGCUUGCUAUUCUGCGGCUUUCGACAGCUUUGGCUCGACUUCGACUCUCUGAUUCCGUUGAGAAGGAGGAUGUGAAUGAGGCGAUGAGGCUGAUGGAAAUGUCCAAGGAUUCACUCAACACAUCACAAGAACAUGCCACACGGGUUCAAAGUACAACUGACCAGAUCUACAACGCCAUUCGCGAGAUGGUUUCUGAAAAAGGCAGCAAAACGUUCAAGAUGACUGACCUCAUCGAACGGUGCAUCUCGAAGGGAUUCAAACCUCCACAAAUUGAAGAGUGCGUUGAAGAAUACGAGGAGUUGAACGUUUGGCAAGUCAAUAAUGCGCAGACAAAACUGACUGUCAUUUCAUAAUUGACGUCUGCUCGAGCUGUAAUGAACUUUAUUCAGACUCUUCUUUUCUAAAUACUGCCACGAUUUAUUGAUAAGAUCUGAUCAUAGAUAAGAAUCUGGGAUUCUGUCAGUCGUUUCUCCAAGACAUGUUGUCUGCUUGUGCUUAGUAAGUAGAGACAAAGGUUGUAUUCCUGAAGCUGGCUAUUAGUAGACUGCCUCUUGUUGACUUGCGAACCUGUGGCGUUGUGACCUUUUGUUUCACAUGAGCCUUGCACAAGAGGAAAUGUUUGAAAAGCAUAUGCAGGCAUAAGAAGUGAAUGGACAGUUGAACAACUAUUGAAGUAAACCAUAUGAACAACCAAAAUGCAUUUUCUCAUUGCAAUAUUUUUAUGCUACUAUCUGUAAAUAUUUAUCUACUGCAUUUUUCUUUUCAUUUCUGUUCACUCGAUGUACGUAAUAUUUGUUAGAUAAUUUUCCAUCAGAUAUUUUGUUAUCUUCGAUGAGAUAUAAAUGUUUGAUUCACAAAUUGUAUGGCAAUUCACCUUGUAUUAUAAAUAAAGAACUCU